AUGGAGAUGUCAGUUCACAUGGAAGUGUCAGUUCACAUGGAAGUUUCAGUUGACAUGGAAGUGUCAGUUCACAUGGAAGUGUCAGUUGACAUGGAAGUGUCAGUUGACAUGGAAGUGUCAGUUGACAUAGAGAUGUCAGUUCACAUAGAAGUGUCAGUUGACAUGGAAGUGUCAGUUGACAUAGAGAUGUCAGUUCACAUGGAAGUGUCAGUUCACAUGGAAGUGUCAGUUAACAUGGAAGUGUCAGUUGACAUAGAGAUGUCAGUUCACAUGGAAGUGUCAGUUCACAUGGAAGUGUCAGUUAACAUGGAAGUGUCAGUUGACAUAGAGAUGUCAGUUCACAUGGAAGUGUCAGUUCACAUGGAAGUGUCAGUUAACAUGGAAGUGUCAGUUGACAUAGAGAUGUCAUUUCACAUGGAAGUGUCAGUUGACAUGGAAGUGUCAGUUGACAUAGAGAUGUCAGUUCACAUGGAAGUGUCAGUUGACAUGGAAGUGUCAGUUGACAUAGAGAUGUCAGUUCACAUGGAAGUGUCAGUUGACAUGGAAGUGUCAGUUGACAUAGAGAUGUCAGUUCACAUGGAAGUGUCAGUUAACAUGGAAGUGUCAGUUGACAUGGAAGUGUCAGUUCACAUGGAAGUGUCAGUUGACAUGGAAGUGUCAGUUGACAUAGAGAUGUCAGUUGACAUGGAAGUGUCAGUUGACAUAGAUAUGUCAGUUGACACGGAAGUUCAGUUGACAUAG